AUUGUAACAUUUAUAUUAUGCAUGAGCUAUCCAGGUCCUUGAACCAUCCUCUAUACCAAAGGGAUGGAAUCUUAGGUAAAAUAAGUCAGAAACGAAUUACCUGCACAAGGCUGGAGACAAAAGAUUAUUUAUGACUAAAACCGUGAACGUUGAGUGGAAUCAAUAUUAUAGUGUCAUGAAGAAAUUAUCGUCCUUAUCCGGUCAAUGGCCUUAUCAGAAACCAAUAACGAGAUUGUUCUGUGUGAUCCUGCUAACAUUGAGUACUAUUUCCAUGAUUAUUCCUCAGAUAGCCAAGUUUGUUACAUGUAAUGGAAAUUUGCAAUGUAUCUUUGAAACUAUGACAUCCUACAUGUUGACAACUGUAACACUGGUGAAAUUAUAUACAUGUUACUUUAACCAAUAUAAAAUAAAAGUUCUUGUUGAUCAGUUAUUCGUUGACUGGGACGAAUUGCAAACACCAGAGGAAUACGAAAUUAUGAAGAAGUAUGCCAAAAAUGGCAGACGGUACUCUUUAGGAUACUCGGUGUAUUGCUAUAUGGCUGUGUAUACAUUUAUGUCCCUGUCCCUCAUACCGCAAGUGUUGGAUGUCGUCUUACCUCUUAACGAAUCCCGCCCCAUAUUACCAACAUAUCCAGGAUAUUAUUUUAUUGACGAGAGGAAAUAUUUUUUCUAUAUUUUCUCGCAUGCUAUCAUGGCUUGGGAAAUCGCUAUGACGGGGAUAGUCACGCACGACUGCAUGCUCCUAACUUACAUUGAGCAUGUCUGCAGCAUUUUCGCCCUGGUCGGAUUUCGCUUUGAACGAUUAACGAAUAAAUAUAAUGACUAUCAAACUAUUAAAGUUUUACAUCCUCGUGCAAGUGAUACGUAUCAUGAACGAAUUGCAUUUUCCGUAUACACGCAUCGAAAAGCUUUAAAGUUCGCUCAAUUGAUCGAAGAUACAUUUUCGUUAACGUUGGCUAUACAAAUAAUGCUAAAUACGAUAAUGAUCAGUAUUACUUUGUUACAAAUGACGCAGAAUGAAGCUGGUAUUUUAGAAGUGAUAAGAUACGCGAUGUAUGUCAUUGGUCAAUUGAUCCAUCUAUUUUGCCUCAGUUUUGAAGGACAAAAACUGAUAGAUCACAGUCUACAAACUCGAGAUAAAAUCUAUAAUAGUCUUUGGUACGAAGCACCCGCGAAAUCGCAAAAGAUGCUUCUGUUCGUAAUGCAAAAGAGUCUUCGACCAAUUUCCUUAAGCGCUGGCAAGAUUUAUAUUUUUUCGAUGGAGAACUUCACUACGAUUGUGCAAACUUCAAUGUCAUACUUUACCGUACUUGCGUCUUUGGAAUAAAUAAGCAACAGUCAUUGUCCGGAUAUCAAUUCUACUUGGACUGGCUAUUCACAAAAUCAUAAUUUUUAUGAUGUUAAAGUU